CCAUGUCCAGAAAAGCACACAACGUUGGCUGGAGGCGGCGGCAGGGCGAAUCUCUUCAGUAUGAGAUAAACCAACGCUUAUCACCAUCCCUUUCCCCCACUCUCCAGCCUCCACCCUUCCGACGAAACCCCCGCCCCUCUCCCCAAGCCAAAGCCCUAGCCAACGGGCUAGCGAGCCAGCCAGGACCUCCCUCCGUAGAUCUCUGCUCUCCGGGCGUGCUCGCGGCGCCGAUCCGGCGAUGACGACCACGGCGAAGCUCGGGGAGCUAAUGUGGGAGCACCGGCUGCGCGCGGCGGCGGCGGUGGCGUUCCUCGCCGUCGCCGUGGUGUCGAUCUCCGCCGUCGGGCCCAGGCUCGGCGCCGUGGUCUCCUUCUUCUGGCCGCUGCUCGUCUCCACGGGCUUCUUCCUCGUGGCCAUCACCGUGCUGCUCCGGAUCUCGCCGCCGCCCGGCGGCGCCGACGAGUCCGGCAAGGAGAUCAUCGACUUCGUCGCCGGAUGCCGCCCCGAGCACCUCCUCCCGGAGGCGUCCGCCACCGUGGAGGUGCCGCCGGAGCCGGAGAUCUGAAGAGCCGAGCAGGAGGUACGCGCGCGCGGCCGCGAGAUGACCUUGUUCGCUGGGGGAGAGGCGUGGGGGUAACCUGUAUGGGCCUACCGGGCGCCGGGCGUUCCCCGGCGUGCGGUGGUGCAGCCGCGGCUAGCGUAGGAUCCUCCCGUCUCCGUCUCCGUCUCCGUGGUGUGGUGUGUACAAUAGUAGUACCAUUCAAUAAAGAUGUUAUAAAUUCGCUC